UGGAGUUUGUUUUUAGUUUCUUGUCCCACACUCAAUUAAUUAUCUCAUUCAAGACAGAAUUGCAUUAAUGCAUCUUUUCCAAAUGGUGAAGACAGAGCCAUGUUCUCUCUUCUAGUGUGUCCGACGCUUCAAGACCACAAGUUUGAAUGAUUUUUCAGAGAGGUUGCAACUCCUUCGUUGAUCUUUCUAUAUAUACACACUUAACUCAUUCUUUCUAUCAUCAACCAACAACAAGCAAAUCCAAUAACUUGAAUCUUUUCAUACAUCUUCAGAAGCUUUAAAAAGAUUUCAAACUUUGCAGACCAAAAUAAAUAGAAAUGGCUUUGGUGAGAAGUUUGUUGGGAGCAAAGAGGAUUCUAAGCCGCUCCACCACAGCAGCCUCGGCCGCACCAAAAGGGUUUCUUGCAGUGUACGUAGGAGAGAGCCAGAAGAAGAGAUAUUUGGUGCCAAUCUCAUAUUUAAACCAGCCUUCAUUCCAAGCUCUUCUCACUAAAUCCGAGGAAGAGUUUGGAUUUGAUCAUCCGAUGGGUGGCUUAACGAUUCCUUGCCCUGAAGAUACCUUCAUCAAUGUGACUUCUCGGCUCCAGUGAUGAUGAUCCUACAUUUUUUUUGUUCUUCCUAGUUUAGAAAUAGGCUUAUUCAUUGUAGAUAACUGAGCAUGUUUGCUCUUUCUUCUUGAAAGAGUUGUUCUAAAGGUUUAGAGAGUGAAUGCCAUUUUUAUGCGAAA